CGCCACCAUUAGUGGCCCGGUGGUGAGAUCUUCGCGAGGCGAGCAAUUUCUUGGCUCUCUCCUGACAUAGUGACAUCUACUUCUCUUGAGCGCACGCUUACUCUUCUUUUCACGGCCUUUCCGCCAUCUCCCACCCUUUACAUUCCUUCGUUUACACUCUGCAGCGCUCCCGCUGAUCUGGGCCUUCCUGUCGCGUCCUUUACUCCGAGUCUUCCUCGAUCGAUACUCGUUCCGAAGCUUCCACCUUCGUCCCUCCUAAGGCCAUCUUCCGAUUCCCAGACUUCCCUCGACACAGUUGGAUCACUGGCAUACGCAGCGACUCUUACCUACCAUCCCAGGGCUAUACUGAAUGUCUACGACCACGACCAUGCCAGGCCGCACCCUUCCGACGAUUCCGACCGCUGAGGUACAGGCGCAUAACAACGAAGAGUCCUGCUAUGUCACGAUUGGCACAAAGGUCUACGAUGUCACCGACUUUCUAGAGGGCCAUCCCGGUGGCCCAGAGUUCAUACUGGAGUAUGCAGGCAAGGAUGUGGAGGCCAUCUUGAAGGAUGAGAUUUCGCAUUUCCACUCCGACUCAGCGUACGAGAUAUUGGAGGAAAGCCUCAUUGGCUUCGUCGCCACAGAUUCGAUCAUGAACGGCGCCACGAAAAGCUCCAAGCCUGCAGACAUCAUCCCUUUGCCACCGACAGCAGCGGGCACAGCGGAGCUCAAGAGCAUGACACAGAAUGGAAAGCCGCUGUACGCCGCAACUGGCAUGUCGAAUGCGGAGGACCUCUCCAGGGAGACGGACCCCUCAAUAGACUACAAGCAGCACAAGUUCCUCGACCUCAAUAAGCCGCUCUUAAUGCAGGUCUGGUACGGGGGUUUUACCAAGGAAUUCUACCUCGAGCAGGUGCACCGACCACGACAUUACAAAGGAGGCGAUUCAGCGCCGCUGUUCGGCAACUUCUUAGAACCCUUGAGCAAGACACCAUGGUGGGUUGUACCAACGCUGUGGUGGCCUUGUGUGGUAGCCGGGACGGUGAUUGCUGCUAACGGAUUGGGAUCUGCGCCAGCCCUGGCGGGAUACUGGAUCUUCGGCUUGGGCUUCUGGACGAUUGUAGAGUAUGUUCUGCACAGGUUCUUAUUCCACUUGGACGACUAUCUUCCUGAUAACCGCGUUGGUCUUACGCUCCACUUUCUGCUCCAUGGCAUUCACCACUAUCUGCCCAUGGACAAAUACAGACUGGUGAUGCCGCCCACACUCUUUGUUGUGUUGGCAGCACCUUUCUGGAAAUUCGCCCAUGCAAUCAUCUGCUGGAAUUGGUAUGCCGCGACAGCUGCGUACUGUGGCGGCAUCUUUGGAUAUACAUGCUAUGACAUGACACACUACUUUCUUCACCACCAAAAGCUGCCCGAAUUCUACCAACAGCUGAAGAAGUACCAUCUUGCGCAUCAUUUCGCCGAUUACCAGAAUGGCUUUGGUGUAACGAGCCGCUUCUGGGACUGGGUGUUUGGUACACAGCUAGAGAUGACGCCUCCCAAGGUCAUCAAGAGUGCCUAAGGCCUACAAGAGGAAGCAAGUUCUUGCUCUGAACCUAUAUAGUUGUAAUCAUAACGCAUGCAUCGGCUUCGGGGGGCGUUUGAUAGGCACUUGUCGCCCAACUCUACCGUGUUGGGAGUUUCUGGUUAGUAGCGGGGACA